ACCUCACUCUUUCUCUCUCUCUUGGAUCACCAUUAUUUCAUUUCCUCGCUUAAACAAAUUAAGUAGUUCUAAUUUCUCUUCUUUCUAUUUAUGUAGUUUAAGCUUAACCAAAGUACUUGCACCUUUGCUUCACCACUUCAAGAUAAAACUCAAAUAAGAGUUUAUAUCAUAAACUUUGAAUAUAUAAUCACAUACAUAAUAUAAAGCUAAAGCUUAAAGCUAAGAGUGUAUUGUGAAAUGGGAAGACCUCCAUGUUGUGAUAAAGAAGGUGUUAAGAAAGGACCUUGGACUCCUGAAGAAGAUAUCUUGUUAGUCUCUUAUAUUCAAGAACAUGGUCCUGGUAAUUGGAGGGCUGUUCCUACUGAUACAGGGUUACUUAGGUGUAGCAAGAGUUGUAGGCUGAGAUGGACAAACUACCUAAGACCAGGAAUCAAAAGAGGCAAUUUUACAGAUCAAGAGGAAAAGAUGAUCAUCCAUCUUCAAGCUCUUCUUGGAAAUAGAUGGGCUGCAAUAGCAUCAUACCUUCCACAACGAACAGACAACGAUAUAAAAAAUUAUUGGAACACCCAUCUGAAAAAGAAGCUAAAAAAGAAACAAUCGGAUAAUAAUCAUCAUCAAAGCUCGAGAUCAGAUGGAUUUAUUUCGUCACCUUCUUCUCCUGAAAAUCAGAGUUCGAAUAGUCGAGGUCAAUGGGAAAGAAGGCUUCAAACCGAUAUUCACAUGGCGAAACAAGCCUUAUGUGAUGCCCUUUCAACAAUGGAUCAAAAACCAACCUCGAAUAUGCCUGAUAUGAUGAACUCAUCACAAAAUAUUAGCUUGAAUACAAGCCAUAAUAAUAGUAGUAAGCAAGGGCAAACGGCAUCAUCUAUCUAUGCUUCGAGUACUGAGAAUAUAGCGCGAUUGCUACAAGGGUGGAACAUGAAGUCCCCUAAGAAAGAGCAAUCGAGCUCGGUGUCAACGGAUCAUCACUCUCUUAGUAGCACAAUGGAGGUUGAGUAUGGCCAUGAACAAAAGCCUAAAGUUGCAAGUGAUCAUAAUUUUUCGAAAAAUGAGGCGUUUCACUCUUUGUUUGGUACAAUCGAAUCGAGUGAAUCUCCAUACUCGGAUUUCUCUCAGACAGUGUCUCCGGAGGAGGCUAGCUUCUUCGAGCACGAAAGCAAGCCGUUGAGUGAUGGCGGUCGAGGCACGUUGUCCGUGCUAGAGAAAUGGUUGUUUGACGAUUGUUCAAUUCAACACUGUGGACCACAAAGCCAAGUUCAUGAUCUUAUUGAUAUGCCCUUGCAAGAAACGGCUGAUUUUGAAUGAGGAAUUUAUUAUUGGUAUUAUUAUUAUUAUUAUUAUUAUUAUUAUUAUUAUUAUUAUUAUUGUUAUUAUUGAAAGUUUUUUUUCUUAGAAAAAUUCUAAGGACAAUGAAAAUUAAAAAGGGUAUCCUCAUUUUCAUAUUCCUUGGAAUUUUUCUUAGAUUAAAACGUAGAUUUUAUUUAGUAGGACUAAGUCAACAAGCAUAAUAAUCUUAGCUUGUUGUAACUAGGGCAGACCAUUUGUUAUUUGUGGGAUAAUUAUUUAUCGUAGUGCAUGCGAAUAAUAAGACUCCUGAUUCAUUUGUUAAUCUAGGCAUUAUAUCAUUUUCAUUGUUA